AUGAAAAAAUAAUAGCUUCUAGUAAAUGUUAAUGAAAUGGAUUUAAUUUUAGAUAAAACUUCAACUUAAGGAGCUCUAUGGUUGGGUAAUCUAAAAGCAGCUCAAAAUAUUAAAUAAUUAAAAGAAAAUAAUAUCCAAACAGUCAUAACAGUGGCCAAUAAUAUAAUUGUAAAUUUCAAAAACUCUCUAAACAUCUCUCACAAAGUAAAACUUAUUAUGAAGUCAGAUCUAUAGAGUUGAAGAUACAGAAAAAGCACAAAUAAUAGAAUAUUUUGAUGAAAUUAUCAAAGAAAUUUCGACUGGGUUAAAUAAUGGUUCCGUUUUGGUACAUUGUGCUGCAGGUAUUUCAAGGUCUAGUGCAUGCAUAAUUGCUUAUCUAAUGAAAACUAAUAAAUGGGCAUAUGAAAAAACCUUUUAUUUUGUAAAAGAGAAGAGAUUAGCUAUAAAUCCAAAUCCUGGAUUUAAGAAAUAACUUAUAUAAUAUAGCAAUAAUCUAUAAACAAAUACUACAUAACAAUCAAAUCUCGAUCUUAAGGAAACUAAAGAUUCAAAAGUUAUCAAUCCAUAUACUUUAGGAUAUUCAAAUUCUUGGGGAAAAUUGAAAAAGAAAAAUUAUUCAAAUCCUCAUGAAUUAGUGAAUUAACUUUCUUAAAAUUUAGUUAAAUCUCCUCUUAAAAAAAUUGAUUAAUUAAAUCAUGCAUCAACUACUGAAGAAAGAUAAAUCUAUAGAUAACUAUUAGCAAAAAAACUAUUCGUAAAUACAUUUUCAAGUAAAAGCUCUGUUUCAAUUACAAAUUAUCAAAGUGAACAAUCCGUUGAAUAAAAGAGAACUAUUGAGAAAUAACCUAUAAAAAUUAAAGCUCUUUUAAGCAUGUACAAAAGGGUUGAAAUUAAUAUCUUGGAAUCAGAAAGAACAAAAAUUUGA